AUGGGCAGCACGAACGAUACCCUUCACCCUGACUUCAUUCUCCUGGGUCUGUCCUCCGACCCUGGACAACAGAAGCUGCUCUUUGUCAUCUUCCUGGCACUGUAUAUAGUGGGCAUCCUGGGGAACCUCCUGAUUGUCUUGUUGAUCCUUUUCGAUGCCCACCUGCACACACCCAUGUAUUUCUUUGUGGGACACCUUUCCCUGGUGGAUGCCUGCUUCACCUCGGUCACUGUGCCCAAGAUGUUGGCCAACCUGGUAUCAGAAGCCAGCACCAUCUCUUAUGCUGGCUGCCUGACUCAGAUGUAUUUCUUCUUUGCCUUUGGGGUCACCGACAGCUUCCUCCUGGCCUCCAUGGCUUAUGACCGCUAUGUGGCCAUCCGGAGCCCCCUGCACUAUACCAUCAUGAUGAGCCACAGCCUGUGUGUGGGGUUCGUGGCCAGUUCCUGGAUUGUUUCCCACCUCCACUCAUUGCUGCACAUCAUUCUAAUGUCUCGCCUCUCUUUCUGCCGUUCCCGGGAGAUUCCCCACUUCUUCUGUGACCACCAACCUGUGCUGGGUCUGUCUUGCACUGAUACCAGUUUAAUUGAAAUGUUGAUUUUCACUGAGGGGUCCUUAGUGGUGCUGAGCCCUUUUGUCUUCAUUGUGAUCUCCUAUGCCCUUAUCCUGGCUACUGUCCUGAGGCUGCCUUCAGGUUCAGGAUGGCACAAGGCAUUUUCUACCUGUGGGGCUCAUCUGUCUGUGGUCCUCCUCUUUUAUGGCACAGUCAUUGGGGUCUAUUUCCAGCCCACAGCUCGAUAUUCAGCUGAAAAGGGAAGGGUUACCACCAUCAUGUAUACUGUUGUCAUACCUAUGCUCAAUCCCUUUAUAUACAGCCUGAGGAAUGAUGAUGUCAAAGGGGCAAUUCGCAGAACUCUGUGCAGGAAGGUGGGAACACAGUGA